GAUGAUGAUGAUGAUGAUGAUGAUUAGGUAUCACCAUUUUUGAACACUGUUGCGUUGCUCUGCACAAUACAUAGAAAAGCGAGGAUAACUGUGACUGCGCACAGGGUUAACAAUCAUUGACGGAUGGGUACAAAUUUAUUCGAUAAAAAUCAACAUGUAUAAAAAUGGUGGACUGCUACGCUCAUUUCGUGACCCAGAGUAUAUUUAUGUGAAAAUAACGACUCUAACGACAAAUCCAACCCAGUUAAGAUCACUGUCAGGACCAUUUCCUGUAUUGGUGGAGGAGAAAACUGAUGCUCCCUCCUAUUGGGAUACAGAUGCAGAGAACUCGAUAUUCAAAAGCUGGAGCUACAGCUGCGGCAAAUUAAAAUGGAAAUUAUGAUGGCAGUGGCCUACUUGAGUUUCACAAAACUUCCACUGAGAUUGAGACCAGCAUGCAAGACCAAAGUCAAAAAACACAACAAGGGUAACCAAGAUCAGAGUUACCAGGGAGACCGUUGAGGUUGGCAUUCCCGAGAUGAGGUUCACAUUGGAGGAAGAACUGAACCCCACUUUCCUAUUUACAUUUAUUUGCCGGGAGAGAGACUUUAUACAAUUGUGCAACAACUACAGGUUGAAUGUUGUAGAUUCAGAAGACCUGUUUGAGCAGAUUUUGGAUAGUUUACAGGAUGUGAAGCAGUCAGGGCUUAGGGUUCGUCCCCUAUUAUUUGAAACAAUGAAGACGGUGGCCCACCUGAAACUACCAAACCUAGAGAUAAGAUGGAGACCGGCAUGUAAGACCAGAGUGGCACAACACAACAAGAUGCGGCAGGAGGAGAAAGAAGCGGACAGAAAGAGACUGGAGCGCAAAUGCAAAAAUCAGAGAGAGGAACUUGAAACGAUGGAAGCUAUGAGAGUGGAGAUGGAUCGCAUGAGAGCUGAGAUUGCAGAAUUGAGGGAGGAAGUCAGGUCUCUUAAAGAAGGGGCCAAUACUUGUACGGCCCCUUCAACUGAAAUGGCAGAACAGAGCAGGAUCCCAAGGCCAAAGGGACCUGCAUCUGCCAGUGCGCACAGGAGCCUUUUUGCAGCUGUGCGCAGGAGACCUGGCUUCGCUGCGGGCAGUGCUUCUACAACGUCAACUGCGUGCAGGACAUCAACAACAACUGCAUCAACAACUGCACGCAGUACUUCUGCCCGCAGCACGGCAGCAACUGUGGGCAGCUCUACACGGAAGACAACAUCUGCCCGCAGCUCUGCUGCCACUGCCCCCAGCAUGCCAUCAGCUGGUGGGCAGACUUCUGCCCCCAGCACAUCAUCAGCUGGUGGGCAGACGGUCGAGGGUGGGGCAGCUCGAGGUCGUGGAAAAGUCUCAACAAAACGUAAGCGUGUUGAUGACGAUGGGGGGCAGGCAAAGAAAAAACCGGCUUGGAAAUGAGAAUAAAAAUGCCUGCCCCUCCCCCACCCCUCGACCGGACUCCCUCUUCUGCAUCUCAGCCAAACAACAUCUCUCUCUGAUCCAAAGUAUUUAACGACUAUGAUCCAAAUCGCUCCGCACCUCUUCUUCACCUUGUACAAAAUCCCUGCUCAGCAUCGCUACAUACAUGGCUGCAGUUUACCUAUAAUACGAAGGCUGCAGUGCUCUACAAUGGCUAGAGCUGUGUUUGUGUCAUGCCGGUCUCCAUGGGCCACCGUCAACAACGUCCUGAUUGUGAAUGUUGUCGGAAAGAAACACCAGAAAGGACAUUCCCACGAACAAGAACUGACGAUUUGUUUUAAGUUGUUUGUGUUCAUUUUUUAUUGGUUAAAUACAGGUUUGCCUUUUGAAAGAUGCCAUUUUUUCAACAGUGUUCUUUAAAAAAAAAAAAGAGAAUGUUCAUAGCCUCUUUCAUGUUUUAAAGGUAUGAUGUUCAUAUUACUAGACUUAUUUCACACCUGUUAAAAUCAGAUAAAUUUCUGAAAAGUCCUCAAACUAGUUGGUGUAGUUAUCCAAGCUUUUAGACUUGACUGCAUAUAUCUACAAAUGCAUUAUUUUACUUUGUUUAAUUGCCUAAAGCAGAUCUUGACUGAAGCUCCAAAGUAGUAGCUGUAUAUGAUUUUGAACAGUUUCAUACAUGACCUUGGCUUCACUCAUUUUUUUUUAUGUUGUCCGAGCAUUGGACAAACUAAGAUAUAUUUGAAUCUUUUAUUGAUAUUUAUCAAUUUGUACAUUGCUGUCUGUUCAAUUCUGACCUUAGUCCCUGUCCUGCGAUCCAUCUUGAUAUUGAAAACAGGGGCCCCUGUACUCCACUUAAUCCCCCUCCUAGCCUACGCCUGGCAAUUUUCAAUCCCACCAUUAUCCCAUCCAACAAAUGCCUUUCCCCAAAUCCUUUCCUGAACCCUGACCUGUCCACUGUCAAACCAACCUUCUACUCUACACUUUCUUAAGGGCCGGC